CCUUAUUAGGGCAGAGUCGACGCCCAGAGCGGGCGGCCGAGCGCGGGGGUGGGGCAGGGAGCCCAGGAAGGCGACAGCCGAGGGCGCAGCCACAGCCUCAGCCGCCUCCGAGCGGCAGGAGGGAACAGCGGUCGCUGCGCUCCGGCCAGCCAGUUUCCCGAGACCCCGCUUCUCUCCGCGGGGCAGAGAUCUUCCUCUGUGCCCCGCCGGGUACCCCUAGUCCAAACGUCUCUCAACGACAUGGAAGAAUUUUUGCAACGCGCCAAAUCUAAACUGAAUCGAAGCAAACGCUUGGAGAAGGUCCAUGUGGUUAUUGGACAUAAAUCGUGUGAGUUGGAUUCUCUCAUUUCCGCCUUCACGUACGCUUACUUUCUAGACAAGGUCAGUCCACCUGGAGUUCUCUGUUUGCCAGUGCUGAACAUACCAAGAACUGAAUUCAAUUACUUCACUGAGACGAGGUUUAUUUUAGAAGAGCUGAACAUCUCUGAAUCGUUCCACAUAUUCCGAGAUGAAAUUAAUCUGCAUCAGCUAAAUGAUGAAGGGAAGUUAUCUAUAACGCUCGUUGGCAGCAAUGUGCUGGCGAGCGAGGACCAAACUUUAGAAUCAGCGGUUGUCAAAGUCAUUAAUCCAGUGGAGCAGAGCGAUGGCGGCCUUGAGUUCCGAGAGUCUUCCUCUUCCCUUGUGGUGAAAGAGAUUCUCCGGGAGGCUCCUGAGCUCAUCACCGAGCAGCUGGCUCAUCUCCUCAGAGGUAGCAUCCUUUUCAAGUGGAUGACCAUGGAAUCCGAGAAGAUCUCAGAGAAGCAGGAAGAAAUUCUCUCUAUCCUGGAAGAAAAAUUUCCCGGCUUGCCCCCGAGAGAGGACAUUAUCAACGUCCUGCAGGAGACCCAAUUCAGCGCUCAGGGUUUAAGUAUUGAACAGACAAUGCUGAAGGACAUAAAAGAACUGUCAGAUGGAGAAAUAAAAGUGGCCAUCAGUACUGUGAACAUGACCCUCGAGAACUGUACGUUUCACAGCAAUAUCAGCAGCGACUUGAAAGCAUUUGCAGACAAGUUCGGUUUUGACGUCCUCAUCCUCCUGGCCAGCUACCUGUCGGAGGAAGAGCAGCCGAGACGACAGAUUGCCGUGUACUCCCAGAACCUCGAGCUGUGCAGUCAGAUCUGCUGCGAACUGGAAGAAAGCCAGAACCCUUGCCUGGAGCUGGAGCCCUUUGAAUGUGGCUGUGAUGAGAUCCUGGUGUACCAGCAGGAGAACCCGUUGGUGACCUGUGAUCAGGUGCUCCUUCUCAUCAAGGAAGUCAUCAACAGGAGGUGUCCAGAGAUGGUCUCCAACAGCCGGACGUCCUCAACGGAAGCCGUGGCAGGCAGCGCCCCACUGUCCCAGGGAUCUUCCGGGAUCAUGGAGCUGUAUGGUUCUGACGUAGAGCCACAGCCCAGCUCCGUGAAUUUCAUAGAAAACCCUCCAGAUCUCAACGAUUCUAACCAGGCGCAGGUGGAUGUAAACAUCGACCUCGUCAGCCCAGAUAGCGGGUUGGCCACCAUUAGGAGCAGCCGUUCAUCCAAGGAGAGCUCGGUUUUCCUCAGUGAUGACAGUCCAGUGGGAGAAGGUGCUGGGCCUCACCACGGCCUCCUCCCAGGGUUUGACUCCUAUAGUCCCAUCCCCGAAGGAGCAGUCCCGGAGGAGCAUGCCCGGUCUGGAGAACACAGGGAAUCCUUUGACCUCUUCAACUUUGACUCAGCAACCAUGGCUUCUGGGCAGUCCCAACCAUGUUCUCGUUCUGCAGACUACUCUCCUGCAGAGGACUUCUUCCCCAAUAGUGAUUCCUCAGAAGGACAACCCCCGACGGGGCCUAAAGAAAUCAAUGGCACAGGGAUGGACAUGUCCAAAUAUUCAUCCAGUUCACUUUUGUCAGAGGCUGGCAAAGACGACCUUGUGGAAUUCGAUGAGGAAUUUGUUCAGAGACCAGAAAGUCCCAAGGAUAACUCUGAAAGAAAUGCGAGCCUGACAGCUUUUGUGGGAGAUAAAUCUCCUUCACCAGAAAGGCUGAAAAAUAUUGGAAAGCGGGUCCCACCAACACCUAUGAAUAGCUUUGUAGAAAGUUCACCAUCCACGGAAGGACCAGCUCUACUCUACCCAGAAAAUGUGACCCCAAAAGCAGUAGACACGGGUCACAUAGGGCCGUCUCAGACCCGCGCACGGUGCAGCAGCUGGUGGGGUGGCUUGGAAAUUGACUCUAAAGAUAUUGCAGACACAUGGGGUUCUAGUGAACAGGAGUCUGUCUUCCAGAGCCCCGAGUCAUGGAAAGACCAUAAGCCAAGCCCAGUGGACAGGAGAGCCUCAGAUUCUAUAUUUCCACCAAAGAGUCUCGAAUUCCCAAAGUCAAGUCCCUGGGAGUCUGAAUUUGGUCAGCCUGGGCUGGGCAGCCGUAAUAUUCAGGACCAAAAUGAGGAGCACUUACAGUUUCAGAACGUGCCCACAGAGAAAUCGAAUCUGCCCAGCGCUUCUCCUCAGGGGGCACACCACCUGAUCGAAGACUUUGCUGCCUUGUGGCGUUCUGAUCGCUCUCCCACGGCGAUGCCGGAGCCUUGGGGAAAUCCCACGGAAGGUGGGGAACCAGCCGCUGCGGUGUCAUUCCCAGCCUGGAGUGCGUUUGGUAAAGAAGACGGCACCAAAGCUUUGACAAAUACCUGGAAUCUGCACCCAACGAGCGGCGAGACGCCUUCUGUGAGGGACCCGAGGGAAUGGGCCAUGGCAAAAAGUGGGUUUUCUUUUCCUUCGGAAGACAAUUCACCCAGUGAGGCAAAUAACGAAGCACCCCCAGAAAUCUGGGGUAAGAAGAACCACGACUCCAGGGAUAAUAUCCUUAUAUCUGGAAACCCCAGAUCCGAUCUGGACCACGCGUGGAAUAGUUCCAGACCGACAAAGGAAGAUCAGAAUGGCUUACUGGAUCCAAAAAUUAGGGGGGAGGUGUAUGAAAAGGUAGACUCCUGGAACCUUUUUGAGGAGGGUAUCAAAAAAGGAGGGUCAGAUGUCCUGGCACCUUGGGAAGAUUCCUUCUUAUACAAAUGUCCCGAUUACAGUGCAUCCAACGUAGGGGAAGAUUCGGUGCCCUCCCCCUUAGAUACCAACUACUCCACAUCUGACUCCUAUACUUCGCCAACAUUUGCUGGAGACGAAAAAGAAACAGAAAACAAGCCAUUUGCUAGAGAGGGAGGUUUUGAGUCACAAGAUGCUAACUCUGCCACAGGGGAGACUGAAAUGCCUCCCCAGUCGCCGCAGCAGCCACCUAGAAAUCGAAUUAGUUCAGGUCCCGGGAACCUAGAAAUGUGGGGCUCACCGGAUGCAGAUAACAGUUCGGAAACAAAUGUCACUUACAACUCCGAGAAGGAUUUACUCAGGACGGAGCCCACAGAUGAUAAGAACAUCUCCAUGGAGGAUGACAUCGGGGAAAGCAGCCUGUCCAGUUACGACGACCCCAGCAUGAUGCAGCUGUACAAUGAAACAAACCGACAGCUCACGCUUCUGCACAGCAGCACAAACUCCCGCCAGGCGGCCCCUGACAGCCUCGACUUGUGGAACAGAGUGAUUCUGGAGGACACGCAGUCCACUGUGACCAUCUCCGAUAUGGAUAAUGAUUUGGACUGGGACGACUGUAGCGCGGGUGUGGCAAUCUCCAGCGAAGGUCAAGCACAAGGAUACAUGACUGAAAGCGCUGAACCGGAGACCCGAUUCUCAGUGAGACAGCUGGAGCCAUGGGGUGUGGAGUAUCAGGAAGCAAGUCAGGGGGAUUGGGAACUCCCCGCAUCUUCUGAGCACAGCAAGGACACUCCUGCCAAUGGAUAUCACACACUGAAUGAAAAAAGUGGACAGCUGAUCGCAAACAGUAUUUGGGACUCCGUCAUGAGAGAUAAUGACAUGUCUUCGUUAAUGUUACCAGGCCCCUCAUAUGUCACAGAUUCUGAACAACACAAAUCUCCUUCUGGAACUCCCAACUCAUCAGAAAAAAUUAAGGACAGUUGUAUCCCAGACAUGCUAGAAGCCUCUGGAGCCAGUGAGUCAGGUGCCCUUGAUCCUGAUAAGCAGGACACGUGCAGAGGAACCCUGCCACAUGAUGCGACAUCCUUGGCAACCAACUUUGAGAAUCCAGGGCAUUUUGGACCCUCAGAUCCAUGGAGAGGUCCUAGCUGUGGACAAAGCGAAGGUGAGGAGGAAGCCCAUGGAGCCACUGCUAGGGAGCACCUCCGUGAGGAGGAGAUGACAGACGGAGCUUCGGAGCAGUCUGGACAAGGGCAAAGUGACCGGGAAGGCUCUUCCCCGGUUGCAUCCGAACAUCAAGAAAUCUGUGAUGAAUCCGGCAAAAUCAACUCUCUCUCAGUCCCUUCCAGCCCUCAGACUGAGGAACCCCAGGAGAUUUUAGAGCACGAGAGGGGGUCUUACAAUCCAGGUUCCUGUGAUGUGCGCGCAAAAGUGUCCACAAAUGACCUGCGGGCAGAAGAGACCUGUGACAAGCACCUCCCGUAUCACAGAAAUUCAGAUGACGCCACUGACACUUCCAGUGGGCUUGGGCUGAAUUUAACAAAAACUGUAUCUUUACCUGAAAUGAGUCUUGAGAGCACUGAAGAGUGUAACGUUCUGGAACCAGAGAGAGUGAACCAAGAGCCACGCCAUGAAUGUCCCCAAAGCCUUGACAUUUGGGAUGGCUCUGUAGACAGUGAUGUGCAGGUCAAUGUCCCAAAUUCUGAGAUUACUAAGAGUCUUGAAGUUGAGAGUACUGAAAACAGCCUUCCAGGAGCUUCUUCAUCAGGAAAUUAUCGCAGAGAUAGUAUUUCUAGUGAGUAUACACAUUCGAGUGCAUCGAGUCCUGGCCUAAAUGAUUCCUCAGCUCCACUGCCUUCCUGGGAACACGGACCCAAUAUGGGGCAUCAGGAGCAGAAUCAAGAUGAUUGGAGCAAACAGAGUCACCAAGAAUCUGAACUAAUUAUUACUGGUGGCCAAGUAGAAGUAAUUACUGAAAUGGAGGACCUGGACAAAAACAGAAUGGACAGGUUUGAAAAGAGCUUAGAUCUCAAGGUUCCUAAAUUUUUAGAGAUUUGGAAUGACUCAGUAGAUGGUGAUUCCUUUUCCUCUGUAUCCAGCCCUGAAACAGGCAAAUGUUCUGAGUAUUCCGAGGCAUAUCAGGAAAGGUAUGUAGUGGCUAGCCAGCAGGAGAAAAAUGACCAUGACCUUCCUAAAACCGUGCAGCCAGAGGAUGCCAAGUUCAUUUCAACAAGUUCAGGUUCUGAUGACGACAGCAUAGGUGAUGAAGAGUCAGUGGAGAAAGAGGUCCAUUUGGGCACUUGCCAAGUUGCUCAGAGCGACCCCAGAGCUUGGGAUUCAGUGAAUGAACCUAAUAAGUUCUUGGCCACUGCUGAUCCCAAGUCUGAGGAGUGUCCUGCGUACGUAGGCAAUUCAGAAGCAAGAGAGAACAAGCCAGACCCAUUCUGUGACAACCAACAAAGCAGCCCCGAUCACUGGAAUUUCUCACCGCUAAAGGAGACCGAACUACAGGUUACAGCAGUGGAUACAGAGAUGAGAUCUUCUCCAGAAACAGGGAAGACGGGAGAGACCAUCUGGCAGCUAUCUCCCAAAAGCGAAUCAAAGAAUGAGAAUUAUUCCAAACUGGAAACACUUGGCUUCUCAGCUGAGUGCUCCGAGCGGUGGAAUGCCUCUCUACAAGGACGACCGAUGGAGAGCACAUUUGAAAGCGAAUUGCCCAACCCAAGUAGUGUGUUAGAGAUGAAUUCUUCAGUAUACCACAAAGUGAGUCCCUGGGGAGUACCCACCCAGGGUGAUAUUGAACCCAUGGAAACGCAUUGCACUCAGCCCUUCGGUGAUGAACACCGGUCACCCUUUCUGGAGAGCAAUGAGGAGAACUCCCAUGAGCAACUCUGGAACAUUCAACCGAGACAGCCAGACCCAGAAGCGGAUCAGCUUGGCCAGCUUGUGAUAUUGGACCAAAUCAAAGAAAAGGAUGCUAGAGAGCAAACCUUCUUGUCUUCUGCUGGUGAACAGCUGACUUCCGAAACACCUACCCAAGAGCAGCAGUGUCAGAAUACAGCGCUGUCCGUCUGGGAUCAGCCAGAUUCAACGUUUACUCACACAGAUGAAAAUGAAUGUGUCAUAUCUAAUGUUUUGACUGUGGAGUGUCAGGAAACAAAUUGGUGGGAAGAAGAAAAAUCAUACCCCAGUGAAAUAACAAAUUCCAGCAUUGCCUCAGAAGAUUUCCCGGCUGUCAGUUCUUCCACCCAGUUGAUAAAGAAGUCGGGCUCUGAAUGGGAUGUCUGUCCUCCUAGGGAGAGCCCCGAAGGCACAUUUGUUCCAGAUAUUUUACAUGGCAACUUCCAGGAGGGUGGGCAACUGGCCUCAGCUUCGCCUGACUUGUGGAUAGAUGCUAAGCAGCCCUUCAGUUUGAAAGCAGAUGGUGAGAAUCCAGAUAUACUGACCCACUGUGACCGUGACAGCAAUUCUCAGGCUUCCAACAGCCCUGAUAUAUGCCAUGAUCAUGAAGCAAAGCAAGAGACUGAACAGCUCGUCAGGGCUGGAGUGGGACCGGAAGGGGAAGCCAGUGAGUUAUAUCUCACCGAGCCAAAGAUGGAUGAAGAACCCAAUCGGGAGCCUGGGCAGGAAUUUGUCCCGUACGAUUCAGAACUAUAUUCUGAAAAUGUAAUCCCACUGCCUCCGAUCGGUGAUCAAGUGAACAUAAGUGGCUCAUCUCAGCCUGCCUCUCACAGAGGUUCUCCUGAACCUUCUGAAAUAAAUGGUGAAGGCAAUACAGGUUUAAAAGCAGCAGACAAAGUUGCUGCCCCAGGUGUAGCACCGGCUUUGGAACUCGUCGACAGAACAAUCCCAAUGAUGGAAAACGUGGGGACCGGUAUUUCUGUAACUCUCCAGGAGCCUACGAUGGACAGCAACAGCUUGUUGGUGUCAGAGGGCCUCUCUCCUGAGAGUCAGACAGAUGCAGGAGCCUUGUUGGACGAGGAGCAACUUUUUGCUACUGAGAAUUCUGCCACGGUUCCUGACGCCCCGUUAGCUUCAGACACUUGCCUGGACAUAAGCGAAGCUGCCUUUGACCACAGCUUCAGCGAUGCCUCAGGUCUUAACACAUCCACGGGCACAAUAGAUGACAUGAGUAAAUUGACAUUAUCUGAGGGCAAUCCAGAAACGCCAGUUGACGGGGAUGCAGGGAAGCAAGAGGUCUGUUCGUCUGAAGCCUCGUGGGGUGAUUUCGAAUAUGAUGUCAUGGGCCAAAAUAUGGAUGAAGAUUUAAUGAAAGAGCCUGAGUAUUUUCUCUAUGGCGGUGACCCUCCCUUGGAAGAAGACACCCUGAAGCAUUCGCUGGCACCUUACACACCCCCCUUUGAUUUGUCCUAUCUCACAGAACCUACCCUUGGUGUCAAAACAACAGAGGAAGCCGAGUCUCCAGAGGAUGAGUCUCUAGGGGCCGAAGCAGCCGAGAUGCUGCUUUCCGCCCUUCCUGAUCAAAAAAGCAAAGAAAACCACGCCGAGACCCCCAACAGACAGCCUGGACAACUGGUUGUCCUGCAUAUUCAUGAAGACCCCGAGUCCGUUUCUUUGCCAGCAGGAGCCCACCCCAACCUUGAGUUGUCUCCGUCCAACAUCGACUGGGAAGUAGAGACAGAUAAUUCGGAUUCACCAGCAGGUGGAGACGUAGGACCACCAAAUGGUGCCAGCAAGGGAAUAUCAGAAUUGGAAGAAGAAAAAAGAAUUCCGACCCAAGGGCCUGAGCAGGUAACAGCAGAAUCCAGGGAAGAAAGGUACACGGAGAGGAAUGAAGAUAAUCACGCGGCACACAUGGGUUACAUACUUGUCAACCAUGAAGAAAAUUCACCCGCAAAGCCAGAGGCCUGCGAGGCAAGAGAAAACACAUCUGAAUUAGACGAGUUUCACUUAGGUUCUGAAGAAGAAGAGAUGCCAGGAACUCAGCUGGCCGGCUUCCCGGAUUCAUGUCAGCUUGCCUCUUUAAAUGAAAGACGAGAUCAUUCCGCAGAGAGACUGUCUCCCCAAGGUGAGAAGAGAUCGGCUCUUGAAAGCCCUGGGCAAGACCAGAAUUGGAUGGUCUUGGGCCAUAGCGAGGUUGGUGACCAGUCGUUGGAAGCUAGGAACUCAGGGCCUGGAUGGGCUGGCCAAGCUGUGGAGUCAACCUCUGAUUGUGGCAUGGGCGAGGGUCCCCAGAUGCAAGUUCUAGGAGGCAUGAAGCCUCUGGAAUCCUUAGCCCUAGAGGAGGCCUCUGGUCUGGGCAGCCAAUCGCGGAAGAGCAAGAGCCGCGGCGGGGCUGACCCGGAUGCAGUUAUGCUGCAGGCUGUCGCCCAUGACAAUGAAUGGGAAAUGCUUUCACCACAGCCUUCUCAGAAAAACAUGAUCCUUGAAACGGAAAUGGAGGAGGAGACAGAGUUUCUUGAGCCCGGAACGAGGAAGCUGAGACCGAAUGGACUGCUGUCAGAGGAUGUAGGCAUGGACAUCCCCCUGGAGGACGGAAUGCUGAGUCCCAGUGCUGCAGACAUGAGGCCGGAACCUCCCAAUUCUCUGGAUCUUAACGACACUCCUCCUCGCAGGAUCAAACUCACUGCCCCAAAUAUCAAUCUUUCUCUGGACCAACAAAGUGAAGGGUCUAUUCUCUCUGAUGAUAACCUGGACAGCCCAGAUGAAAUCGAUAUCAAUGUGGAUGAACUUGAUACCCCUGAUGAAGCAGAUUCUUUUGAGUACACUGGGCACGAAAGUUCCACAGCUAACAAAGAUUCCGGCCAAGAGUCAGAGUCCAUUCCAGAGUAUACGGCGGAGGAGGAGCGGGAGGACAACCGGCUGUGGAGGACCGUGGUGAUCGGAGAACAGGAGCAGCGGAUUGACAUGAAGGUCAUCGAGCCCUACAGGAGGGUCAUCUCUCACGGAGGAUACUAUGGGGACGGCCUAAAUGCAAUCAUUGUGUUUGCUGCCUGUUUUCUGCCAGACAGCAGUCGAGCGGAUUACCACUAUGUCAUGGAAAAUCUUUUCCUAUAUGUAAUAAGCACUUUAGAGCUGAUGGUAGCUGAAGACUAUAUGAUUGUGUACUUGAAUGGUGCAACCCCCAGACGCAAGAUGCCAGGGCUGGGCUGGAUGAAAAAAUGCUACCAGAUGAUUGACAGACGGUUGCGAAAGAAUUUGAAAUCAUUCAUCAUUGUUCAUCCAUCUUGGUUCAUCAGAACAAUCCUUGCAGUGACACGACCUUUUAUAAGCUCAAAAUUCAGCAGUAAAAUUAAGUAUGUCAAUAGUUUAUCAGAACUCAGUGGGCUGAUCCCAAUGGACUGCAUCCAUAUUCCAGAAAGCAUCAUCAAACUGGAUGAAGAACUGAGGGAAGCAUCAGAAGCAGCUAAAACUAGCUGCCUUUACAAUGAUCCAGAAAUGUCUUCUAUGGAGAAGGAUAUUGACCUGAAGCUGAAAGGAAAGCCCUAGUCCCGCCCGGCUGGAAGAAAAGGAUGUUCUGCUUCCUGAUUCGGCUGAAACAUACCCACCUGGAAGAGACAGGGCGGAUGGUACUUUUUUUUUCCACUUUGCACUACCUGGUGCCGUUCUAAAUUUCUAAGGGGAAACACAGUAAGGGAUCUUGUUUACUCUUCACGUGUUUUAUGAAAUUGCGUGUCGUUUUCCUAUUUUGCCAAUUACGUGCCUCGAAGACUUCGGUUGAACCUUAGCAAGAAAAUAGGACCUUCCGUCUCCAUAUUUGGUUACCCCUUGGUGCCGUGAUAUCUCCUCUCUUAGACUGGUGUUGACCAGUGAGAUACCCUCGGUCCACUGUUCGUCGCGAGUGGAUUUGUUGGCCAUAGAUUAGCGGGAUUUCUCCUUGGUGACCAUUUCAGGUUUAAAACACAGGGGGCUCGACCCUCCCUAGGCAACUUACCUUCCUGUAGCUCUGCUUUUCAAACCCUAAGCUUGCUGGGCACAGUUGGAAAGCAGACCCCGGUGGAAGGCUGUCAUCGGCCAUGUGCCCGCUUGGUUCUUGUCCACGUGAAUCCUCUCUUAGGUCUCAAAGGGAAGCCAGACUUUCUCAUUCACCUCAGUUUUAUUUUUGGUUCUCAAAUUGGGUAUCAUGUUGUCUGUGAGUGGUCUCUUUAAAAAUCGUUAUUCCUCCAAUGAAUGUUGGAAAUUCAUUACCCGGCCACGCUCAGCUAUCUAAAUGUCUCUCUCAAAAAGUUGUCUGCUUUAAGUCACUUUAAUCUGGUCACUUCAGUCACCUCCCUUUAAUCGCAUUUCAUUUAAAUUGAAUAUGACCGUGUACUAUCAUUUGCAAAAUUUCUCUGUGGAGUCUUCGCAUGCCCUUUCAAAGGCCACACGUGGCCUCGAAUCCGUGGGCCUCCAGCGGGAGGGUUGGCAAAGCUGUGGCCAGACUUAGCAUGCCGCCUGUUUUCACGUGGCCUUCCUGGGAAGGAUGGCUUUCCCAUUUGGGCUGGAAAAAAAAAAGUUGUUGUUGUUUUAAAUAUUUCGUGACACCUGAAAAAUCAUGCACAUUUCAGUACCCAUAAAUGUCUUACUGAAACAUGGCCACACAAAUUUGUUUACAGACUCUCUGUGGCUGCUUUUGCACUACAGCAGCAGAGUUGAACAGUUGUUCACAGACCACGUGGCCUACAAAGCCUAAAAUAUUUACUGUGUUUGUGGAACAAGUUGACUGGGCCGUGCCUGCUCCCGCACACCUAUUCUUCACCGCCCCCCUCCCCCGCAUUUGGAUUUGGAUAUGAGUUUCUUCGGCAGAAGGUGUAAAUAAGCCUGCAAACUAAUUUAUUCUUUAAAAAGAAAAUGUUGGCCUCCGGAGUCCGUAAAAUAAAUGGCCUGCUGAAAAAAGACGGGGAGCCCCGGCCACAAAAGCAUGGCUCACGGUAUGUUUACGUGACUCAAAGUGAAGCCCGCUGAGAAGGCUUUGGGCUAUUUACAGGUGUUGCCAAGGUCCUGCCCUUACUCUGGGAACCAUUGUUAUUCUCUGGUAUCACCCGUCAACACUAAGAAUGGGGUGGAGAGCGGGGUUCCACCAUAGACUUAGGGUGACAACCGCAUCCAGGAGAGCUGUCUGGGGUGCCCUGAGCCCUGGAUCUCAUGAGCUUUGAAACACUUGGAGGUAGACAUCUUUGUACAGGUGACCGAAUUUUGCCAACCUCCUUCGCUUCGUGACAUCUCCCACCCACCUUCCAGACAUGUUCUCAUACACACGGGUCAGCUCUCUUUCCUCCAUGAGCCAUAGUUCACUGAGUUCCC